ACUUUUUUAUUAUUUUCAAACUGAGGGUUACAACUUUUUACUUUCUAUUUCAGAAGUCAGAACUCACAGGGAUCUUUAUUAUUUUGGAUUGUUUCUGAAAUCUGAUUCAGACUUGAAGACGUAAGAAAUGAGGGUUUCGGUACGAUAAAGGGACAAUAAUUCCUAUAAUAACUCUAUGUAAUAAGAGCAAUGCUUGCAAAUGCAAUCUUUAAAAAUUUAUUAAUAACAACAUCCAACUCUAUUAAUAAUUCUUAUUCUAAAAAGUAACAUAAGUAACAGUCAGGAUAUGGCGAAGAGAGCAAAUCCGUUUAUUGACGACUAUGUUCAGCAAAGCAAAGUGCAUAUAGGACUGAAACAGUUUAAUAACAAUGAAGAAAGACUGCAAAAAGUUUAUGAGAAAACAUUGCAAAAGUUAUUCAAAGGACAAAGAAAAGCGCAGCAAAACGGGGUUAAAUGCAGUUUAGAAAAUAACUACAAAAAAGAUGGACUAAAGCAACUGUUUAUUGGCGCCAAUGGCAUACUUGUACAUGCUGGUCAGAUGGUCAAAGGAAAUUCAUCUGAUGCUUUGUGCAAAUGUGGAGAGGCAAAAAUAGAAUUAUGUGCAUACUGCGAUAUGGCCCUGUGUGUAUUCUGCAAGUUAGUAUGUUCUCUCUGUCAACACAACUUCUGUUCCAAGUGUUCCUUGUAUGGGUCUGAAGACUCGGCAGUUUGUGUUUCGUGUUAUAGAUAAGGAAUAGU